GAAUUCUAUGAAUUCACUAUUCGUGAGCCAAUCGAAUGACUGUGAUUCCACCACACAUGCUAUCAUACUAUGAUAACAAUUAUCAAUGCAAUUCAGCAUAAAAGUGAUUAAGAUUUAUUUUGACAUCGUGGACAGUCGCCGGUCGUCGUGUUACACGACGUUGCAUUUUCGUAAUCUUUCAGUGAUUCGUGAUCCUGAAGAAGAACAAGGGGUUAAAUAUGCUAAUAAAUGUGAAGUAUGCAAAGUUUUAGCUAUGGAACUUGAGGCUAGGCUAGAUGAAACAGGAAAAACACACGAUGUAUUGGAGUUUGGAUAUUCAGUUGAUGAUGUUGCGCCAAAGAAGAAAAAGGAAUACAAAAAGUCAGAGCUGCGAUUACUAGAGUCCAUGGAAGAUGUUUGUGAGCGUAUAUUGGAGUACAAUAUACACAAAGAACGUACGGAUAGUACAAGAUUUGCCAAAGGAAUGAGUCAAACAUUCAAGACACUGCAUGGUCUUGUGGAUAGAGGCGUUAAAGUAGAUUUGGGUAUUCCUUACGAAUUAUGGGACAAACCUUCUGUAGAGAUAACAACUUUGAAAUCACAGUGCGAGAAUUUGCUGGAAAAUCAUGAAGCUGAUGUCGAAAACUGGUAUUACAAUCAUCAAGGAAAGAUUUCCUUAAUCAGAUAUUUGUGUUCCGAGCGUGCGUUGAAAGGACAAAACGAUUCUUGUCUAUACGAGAAACCCGACAUAGAGAAAAAUGUUACAAAACAAAAGAAAAAGAAAAAAGAGAAAAAAGAUACAGAUAAUAAAGAAAAUAUAAAAGACAAUUCUCAAGAUAUGAAGCAAGAAUUGUAAAACUACGAGAAUAAAUGAACGGAAUCAUUUAGAUACUUUUUGUUAAUAGAAUGUGUUCCUAUAUCCACCAGAAAUACAAUGUAAUAGACUUCCAAUUCUGUAUAUAAAUAUAAUCUGUAAAUAUUAGCAGUAUUCAUACAUAUGUACUCUAUACUUGGAUAUAUAUGUACUAUAUUUAUUGUACUCUUAGAAAUUUUAUAAUAAACUUCUUUUAUAUAUUUCA